AUGUCAUCAUAUACGAACCCCGUACCCACCCCCCCGGUGGCUGCCGAGCCCUCGUCCGUCGUCGUCGAGUCUUCCGAGGGCACCUCGGGGGCGGCGGCCUCGGUAGCCAAGAGGCGACGUAUCAACUUCGCCUGCAACUACUGCCGCAACCGAAAGACGCGCUGUGAUGAGCAGAAGCCAUCAUGCCGAGCCUGCAUCAACGCCGGCAUCGAGUGCGUCACGACGGACCGCCGGAGGCCCGGCGUCGAAGUCCAGCGCCGGGAGACGAAGCGCCGGCUGUCUCGGGCAUCCAGCGCGUCCUUGACGCAUUCGCUGACGGCCGUCGCGUCUCCACACUCGCCUCGAGAUGAGGUCGAGAGCUCCGAACCGCCGCCGCUGCCGGCACUGCCGGACGCCCGCACCAAGACUUCGCCGUCGAUAGAGCUGCUCUACAGCCGUGACCGGACAGCCUCGGUAGCGGCUCCCAAGCUCGUAACGGUUCCCAAGGAUGCUGCCGUCACUAUCAUUCCGGAAGAUGAGGAGCCUCCCGCAUGCCAGGCCCCGCCCAAGUAUCAAGGAAAGUUACCUGUAGUACGCCCCAGCCGCGGGAACAACUCGGUCGAGAUCCUCGGCGACUGGUUGGACCUUGCUGCGCGUCGGCUAGGGAUCCAACAAAGGCGCGGCAUGCCAACACGCAUAGACAGACCGCCGGCUUACCGCAUUCUGUCGUCUGAACCCUGCUCGUUCCCUCCCAAAGAAAUUGCCCGCGAGCUUGCUGCCCGCUACCUCGAAGGCAUCAAUCUUGUCUAUCCUCUCUUCACCCCAGACCGCCUCACGCGAGACAUUGAGACAGCCGUGGAACUCGGCCCAAUAAACUUCGCUGAGGCCAGGGGGCUAGCGGCCUUGGUCUCGGUUUACCUCGUCAUGUCUAUCGCGUUUGCUUCCGCGGCACUAUCAGAGCCAACACUUGAUCCCGGGGACUAUGUAAUAUACUGCAAAACUCUCAUUGGUCACCUUGUCACUGUCAACGGCGUUGAGACUGUCAGAUCCUUGACGCUUCUUUCAUUGUGUCUUCACUGCUAUGAUGAGUGCGCCGGGGCUUGGAAUAUUCUCACCAUGGCGGUUUCCAUCGCAACGUCGCUGGGGCUGCACAAACCUAGAACGUGUCGGGGAGGCAAGAACAAUCGCCCCGACAAAAGGCCAGACUUCGCCGAUGAUGAAGAGCGUAAGGCAUUUUGGCUCGGCAUCUAUUCCUUUGAAAAGUUUUUAGCGUUCGAGUUGGGCCGCCUUUCUUCAAUAGAGGAUGAGGAGUGCUACCCGGCUCAUGUCGAUAUGCCCACGGGCAACGGCACUUCGUCAAAGGAUAAGGCGUUUGCUGUGACUGUCGACCUUGCGAGGAUACUCAGCGAAAUCGGAAGAAAGGCCGUCAUCGUCAGCCGGAAGGAGGACGGACUCCGAGACGGCGCACUACAGGCUAUCAUAGCUGAAAAGGUUGAGACCACGGGGGAGGCACAGCUGCUCCUUACCAGAUGGGGCGAAUCAGUGCCCGACGAGCUGAGGUACGUUUGA